GCGUCACGUGAUGUUUCUGAAACUUAGUGAGAGUUGUGAGACAGACUUCCCGAGCGCGUGCGCGCGCGCGACUGCAGUUUUUACACGACUUCUGGUAGAUUUUGCAGAAAUACACUGAUUGCUGAAGAUGAAGUGGAAAGGUGUGAACAGUCCCUUCCUGCACGUCCACUGAGACAGAUGAAGAAAAGCUUUUUCCUGAAUGUUCAGAGUGUCUCCUGGAGGUUGCAAAGAUGUACCAAACUGUACCAGCGACAGAAAUUGGCCUUGGUGGCAUGCGUGAAUACACUCCACCUAACAAAAGAGUGGAACGGCGUGGACGUCGAUUGAUGGUGUCAAGCCUGGUUGGGGCAUUGCUGGUCAUCGCAGCUGUAACAGCUUGGUGCUAUUAUUCCGUGUCUCUCCGCAAGGCAGAUCUGCUGAAAACUGAACUGCUAGACCUUAAAAAAGAUGGCUUUGUCAUUCACAACCAAGCUGGAGCGGUCAUCUUCCGAAUGGCAUUUAGGUCAGGUCACCUUGAUCUGGACUCUUGCUCAAAGAAAGACAGAAUUCUCAGUUGCAGCCGAUCCAGUGGAGGAAAGCUUAACUUUUUCAUUGAAACUGUGAGGCCCAAGGACACAGUGAUGUGUUAUCGUGUGCGCUGGGAGGAGCUUGACACGUACCGUGCUGUAGAGCAUGCCAUGGCCUAUAACGGCUCUCACUGGUAUGGUGGAGCAGAGUCCUGGUCCCAGCACUGGCCAAUUGUUUUUGCAGGAACCCAAGAGCCCAAACCUUUCAUUACUGCUGAUGUCAGUUUGAAUCAGCAAGACUUUGGGGGCAUCCUGGAACGCUACUGGCUCUCCUCCAAUGCAACUGCUAUCAAAAUCAAUGACUCUGUCCCUUUUCAUUUUGGCUGGGAUGAGAACAGCAAGAUGCUUCGAUUCCAGGCGCGGUAUCACAACAGUCCAUAUAAGCCAGACCCUGCACAGCCAGUCCAACCUGAGCUGAGCUAUCGUGUUUGUGUUGGGGAUGAUAUUACUUCCAUACAUAAAUACAUGGUCCGCCGUUAUUUUAACAAACCCAAUAAAGUUCCCUCAGAGGCUGUUUUCAGGUGGCCAAUUUGGUCCACUUGGGCUUUGCAUAAGACUGAUGUGAACCAGGAGAAGCUACUGGCUUAUACAUCAGGGAUUCAAAAGCAUGGCUUUAACUGCAGCCAUCUGGAGCUGGAUGAUCGAUAUACAAGAAGCUAUGGAGAGUUCGAGUUGGAUCCGGUAAAGUUCCCUAAUGCAACCAGUAUGUUUCAGAAACUUAGAAAUGACGGUUUUAAAGUCACCCUCUGGACCCAUCCCUUUGUAAACUACAACUCCUCUAAUUUUGGAGUUGGAGUGGAAAGAGGGCUCUUUGUGCGAGAACCUACUGGCGAGUUACCUGCCUUGAUUAGAUGGUGGAAUGGGAUUGGUGGCAUUUUGGAUUUCACCAAUCCAGAAACCCGUGAAUGGUACGCCUCAAAUCUCCGUGCCUUAAAGAACAAAUACGCGAUAGCUUCCUUUAAGUUUGAUGCUGGGGAGACCAGCUACCUGCCACCGCAAUUCAAAACCUUCACGCCCCUGCUUGAUCCCAGCAUAUUCACACGCCGCUACAGUGAGAUGGCAAUCCCCUUUAACGACCGUGCUGAACUGCGUGCUGGGUACCAAUCCCAGAACAUCUCCUGCUUCUUUCGGAUCAUUGACCGUGACUCUGUCUGGGGCUACGACCUGGGGCUCAAGUCUAUCAUCCCUACUGUGUUAACUGUUAGCAUACUGGGUUACCAGUUUGUGCUCCCGGACAUGAUUGGUGGAAAUGCUUACCCAAACCGCACUGACGGAAAUCAAGGACUCCCUGACCGGGAGCUCUACAUUCGCUGGCUUGAAUUAUUAGCAUUCAUGCCAGCUAUGGAAUUCUCAAUCCCACCUUGGCUAUAUGACGAUGACGUUGUGGCAAUUGCUAGAAAAUUUACAAAGCUUCAUGAGACCCUGGUGGCUCCUCGAGUGCUUGAACUUGCCGGGGAAGUCUUAGACACAGGAGAUCCAAUCAUCCGCCCUCUGUGGUGGAUUGCCAAAGAUGAUGAGGCUGCCUACAAGAUUGAUUCACAAUUUCUCAUAGGGGACGAUCUUAUGGUAGCACCAGUUCUUGAGCCAGGCAAGCAGGAGAGAGAUAUAUAUCUUCCAGCUGGCAAAUGGAGAAGCUACAAGGGGGAACAUUUUGACAAAGGCCCCCUACAUCUUACUGACUACCCUGUGGACUUGGAUGAGAUUGCCUACUUUGUGUGGUCUGGUUGAUGCACAUGUAAAAGGGAAGUAUUUGCACACAGCAGUUCCAAAAAGCUAAUGCAAGUCCAUUGAUCAAGCAUUAAAGCACAAUUGUUUUUCUCAUAUUAAUGUGUUUUGUGACCAGUAUGUUGCUGUAACCAGCAUAUGUAAUAUUACAGUAUAUUUAAAUGUUUUAUAAUUGUAAAAUGGUAUAUCAUGUACCUCUUUCAUUAUAAAGAGAAAUGUUUAGAAAUUGAACCUGGGAAGGUGGUAGAAGUUGAUAUUUCUGGUCUGCCUUUACCAGAAAUCAGUGCUUUAAGUUUUGUUAUUUUAUGAUUUUUUCAAUAGUCUUGGAAUGCUUAAAAUGUAUUAACUAGAUCCUAUGAGACAUGUUUUGGUCUGUUCUCUUCAGUAUUUGACACUUCUCAAAAACUACUGACAGUGCCUUAUGGAAGGUGAAUAUUCUUAAACUGCUAUAACUACACACAAUGUACACUGUCUGGCUAAAAAAGGGUCACCACUAUUGGCUUGCAUCACAUAACCGAAAACAAUUAAAGGAUAUUUAAAAUUACUGGAAUUGGGUAAAGAGCUGUCCAACAUAUAUUAAAAGCUGUAAUGAUGGUGCUGAAUCUUUGUGUCAGAAAUAUGGUUAGAAAAAAAUCUUUAAUAAAGGUCAGUUCACAAUGUGAUAUUAAUUUGCAGGAUAGGGUUUAAAUGGCUCAGAUGUUUUUUGGGCCAGGCAGUGUAUAUACGUAAUCACAGUUAAUAUGUAAACAAGUAUUUGUUUUCAGUGCUAGGUACUAAUUUUGGGUGCAGCAUUUUAUGUUGUUUGAUGUGUACUUUUUUUGCCUAAAGUUGUUUUCACAAUUUGAUAUAAACUUAAUGACAAAAACAAUUAUUUAUUUCUAUGUUUCUUGGGAGUCUGCAAUAAGAAAAGAAAAAAAUUAUUAGACUUUGUUUGUCUAUCUGUAUUCCACUGAUACUGUGAAUUUCUUUCUACACUGUCUAACAUGUGGGGAAUAAUCAAACUAUCAGAUGUAAAAGGCUUCAUUGUCAGAUUUCAAAUGUAAAGUUGUCAAGUAUUUUUAUUGUUGAAUUGUUGCAAAUAAACAUGCACUCUAAGAUUGUG